CAAAACAUUACUUUAUUGGUUAAUUGUAUUCGUAGUAACCAAUGAUUAAACGGUUUAGAUGCUGGUAACUGUAACGCUAAACUGUGCAUGAAGAAACGGAUAUCUGAACUGUGAUGGAAUGAUUAUCAUCCUACGUACGGUUUAUUAGCAUUGAAUGAUUCCAUAAACAUAAAUAAAAAGAAUUUUUAAGUUAAUCCAAGGCUUGGCAAAAAAGAGUCCAGACUUAAAGGCUGUUAUACCUGGAAUAAACCUCGACUUUUCGCAGUAUUCUCCAGAAAUCAGAAGCACCAGCAGCUGCGGAUUUCAACGUGACUAACUUCUGUCAGUGUCAACUGUAAGUGACGACAACAGACAAUGAUAAGCCAAAACCUGGAUUUUGGACAAGAACCUGUUGAUGCUGAUUAUCAGGUGUUAAUUCAUGCAGUUUCAAGCUGUGCUGGGGAAUCUGUACAGCAGCUGUUGCGAGCAAAACCAAAACUCGUCAAUCAAAAAGGUUGGCAUGGACAAACCCCUCUCCACAAGGCCUGUCUGUCGGGAGAUGCCAAUACAGUGCGCUUGCUGUGUGAGUUUGGAGCAGAUCCAAACAUCCAGAAUGAAUUCAAGGAAACUGCAGUCCACUAUGCUGCUAAACGAGGGAUCCCAACGCUCGUGAAUAUACUUAAAAGAUAUGGGGGCCUGUUAGAUGUUCGGGAUAUGACUGGCAAAACACCAGUUCAUUGUGCUGCACAAACAGGCAGUGUGUACAUGUUGCAGUAUUUUGAAGAGCAGGGUUAUAACUUCAAAGAUGUGGAUGGCAAUGGUCAAACACCUCUACACUGUGCAUGCCAAUUUGGCCACUUGGAAGCUUUCAAAUUUCUGGUUAGGAAAGGGCGGAGUGAUCCUAGCGUUCAGGAUGCUCAGGGGGACACACCGCUGCACAUCUGCGUGCGUGAAGGGUACGCACACGGCAGCUGGCUUCUCAUCAACUUCCAGGGUCUGGCAAGUCUCCAUGUGGUGAACAAGCAGGGUCUUACACCUCGAGAUAUUUGUCAGUUUUAUUCGACGUCUAAAAAGGAAGGACACAGAUCACUUUUGCUCUUGAUGUCUGAGCUGUCUAAACUUCCUCCCAACGGCAAGAUAGGGGGCCCAGUUAUGACCUGGUACUACUACCUCACCAUGCCAUUCCUAGCCUACGCAGCAGCGUUGCUUCUGGCCCUGGGACCGCUGCACGACUACCAAGGUGUAGUGUUUGCGGUGACCAUUACCUUCAUUGUGAGGACAGCCAUGAGUACUUCACACAGAAUCAACCAUAUAUCAAGAUGGGCAAAUCCAUUUUUUGCGGGUACAUUCUGUGCAGGAAUGUUUCACACCAUGCUGCUCUUCUACUGCGUUAUUAUUCACUCUAUGCUUGACAGUCCAGUAAUCUACGUCUCAUUCAUAAUGAACGUCAUGCAACUUUAUCUGUACUACAAACUGUUAAAGACAGACCCAGGUUUGGUCACCAGUAGUAUCUCAAAUGUGGAGACCGGCCGGCCAAUGAAGCUGGGAGAUCUCUGUGAUCAGUUAAAAUCCCUGGAUCAGUACUGUGGGGAUUGUGAAAUAAUUCACUCCAAGACCACCAAACAUUGCAAACUGUGCGAGCGUUGCUUCUAUCGCAUGGAUCAUCACUGCCUCUUCCUGUUGAAAUGCGUGGCUGAUCAAAACCACGCUAGAUUUGUCUGGUUCAUUAUCUUCACCAUGUUGGAUAUAGUCAUCUUCCUUCUUCAAUGUAUUUGGUGGACAUAUCUUAAAUACGCGAAUAUGAAAUACACCGAAAUUUUCGCAACAAUGUUCUGGAAGGACGGAUGGGUGCUAAGCAUGAUGUUCCUGAACUGUUUUAGCGUUAUUUGGGCAUGUUCUUUGUUAAAAUACCAGCUGACAGUUGUGUCUCGUGGUCAGACGACAUAUUUUGCGCGAGAUAUGAGCACUUUGACCCAAACGGAGAAAUUUGUGAACUUGUUUAAUUUUCUGAUGGGAAAGCCAUUAUUCGCGUCAGAUUUAGAACUAGACAUUCCAUAUCAGCAUAAAUCUUGUGACAAUCAUAAAACACCAAUACACAGUGUGUAGAUUUUCAAUAGCAUUAGUAAACAGAAAUGAUGCCCAUUUAGAGCUUUUGUACUUUUAUAAUGUUUUUUUAUAUUCAUUAGUUGGAUGCUUUUGUUUUGAGGAAAUGUUUAGGUUUAAAAAAUAACCAUUUUGUUUUGUUAUAGCUAUAGUUUUAAUUAAUUUAAGGUUCAGGUAUUUUUAGCCAUAUCAUGGUGGUCAAUAGAUGUAUUGGGAAAUAUGCUAGAUUGUGAAAAACAAAGCACUAACCUGGGAGUACAAUCAAAGCUGACCUGUAAACCACCUUUCAAAAUUUCAUACCUAAUCAACCGUUACAAUUUAAUUAAAAGAAACUAUUGCUUUGUAUCAGAGGUGGGGAGGGGGGGGCUGUUCUGUUUGUAGAUGGUAGAUGUAAUUUUAUGACCUGUCAUUGUAUUAGUAUUACCUAGGACCUAUUAAUUGUCAUAAGUUGUGAAACUGAUUUUUUUUCGUUUAUCAUACAGAUUUUUGUGGUAAUGGCUUUUGACAAAAUCAUGACUUAUGGUUUACUUUAUGGCAUUAAUUUUGUGUGAAAAUUGUUAAAUGCCUAACAAUUUGUUUUAGUAUUAGAUGUUACUUAUAUUGUUGUGUUUAUUAUAUUUUUAGCUCGACUAAUAUAUAUGAAAUAUAUAUAGUGGAGCUAUCCUACUCACGUCGGCGUUCCGGUGAGCGUUGGAAUGUUAAAGUUUGCGUACCACCUCAAAUAUUUCCUAUGUCCCUUGACAUGUUGCUAUUAUAUUUUGCAUACUUCUUUACCAACAUGACCCCAAACUAUAAACAAGAGCAGACAACUGUAUCAAGCAUUUUUUAAGAAUUAUGACCCUUUUUUCACUUAGAAUAUGCAUAUUAUUGAUAAAUCUAUGUUAAAGUUUGUGUACCACCUCAAAUUCCUUGACACAUUGCUUUCAUAUUUUGCAUACUUCUUUACCAACAUGACCGGAAUCUAUAAACAGGAGCAGACAACUGUAACAAGCAUUUUGUAAGAAUUGUGGCCCUUUAUCGACUUAGAAUAUGCAUAUUAUUGAUUAAUCUAUGUUAUAGUUUCCGUACCUGCACCUCAAAUAUUUUCUAUGUACCUUGUCGUAUUGCUUUUAUAUUUUGCAUACUUCUUUACCAACACGACCCCAUUCUAUAAACAAGAGCAGACAAAUGUAUCAAGCAUUUUUUAAGAAUUAUGUUCCCUUUUUAAUUUGGUUAAGUUUUGUGUUUAGGUUCACUUUAUUCCUAAAGUAUCAAAGCUAUUGCUUUCAUAAUUGCAACAUUUAGAUUAUGACUAUAUUACUUUGACUUUAUUGAAUAUAAACAAUUUCCCCAUGAUGGCUUACGCUACACUGUCAAGCACUCGAAUAGUCGAGCGCGCUGUAUUCUGACAGCUCUUGUUUAAUAAUCCUUUUGCGCCUGUGCGAGGUUAAUUGAUUUACAAAUGUACACAUGCAUAAUAAUGACAAAAAUUCUACUUGUAUUGUAUUCAUGUCUUAAAUACAUUUAUUUCCUAGCUAGAUUGUUUACUGAGUUCUUUAUAUAUCCAUAUACAUUGUAUUUGUAUUUCUGUUGAUGUUUUUGUUUCUUAUUCCAAAUAUCCCUCAUUAUUAUUUUCUUUGUGCUUUGUCAAAUACUGCAUUAUAGAUGUUAUUAAAUCAUUGUUUUCAUCA